AAGAUUUUUUGUCAUCAUAAAAUUCAAACUUAGAGCAGCAGCCAAAUUUAUUUUUGCUGUGAAAAUUUCUUAAUUCGACAUGAGUAUAUAAAGUUGAUAGAGGAGCAGAAAUACUAUUAACUGAUCAUCUGAAAAAUCAAAAAUGGCCUCCCUUUCUAUAGAGGAAGAAAACUAUGUUAGAAUGAGUUUGUUACUAACAGGAAUUUCUCCACGAGCAGCUAGAAAUUUUUUUGAUAGGGAGUUUGCUCCAACGUGUUUAGAUGCCUCACUGAAAAAAGAGUAUAGCAAACUAUUGGACUUAAAAAAGGAACAUAGAAUCAACCAAUUACAGUGGAACCUCAUGUUUCCUAGAUUUCCCGAUGCGCCAAAUUCUCAGGCGUUUGACAUAACAUUGAUAAUAACUCUUCUACGAAAUCUCACAACCAUAACUCGUCCUCAUAGAGGAUUUGAUACCUUACCUACUGCCAGUGAAACAACACCAGGCGCAGAUUUGGCUAGAAUCAAAUACUAUAGGAACUACCUUGCUCACCUAGAUGAUGGGAAAGUAGAAAGUACCGUCUUCAACACAGCAUGGGACAUUAUAUCUGAGGCUGUUGGGAGAUUAGGUGGACAGAAUAUGAAGGGGGAGUGUGAUCUACUAAGGACCAAAAUACUGGACCAGACAAAUAGAGAAAUCAUGAUGGAUAUCAAACGUUCUAAUGAUGAAAUAAAGGAACUCAAAGAGUCAUUUGCUAGUUUGAAAAGAUCUCAUGAUGAACUCCAAGUCGAUCAUGCAGAAAUGACAAAAGAAGUAAAAAGGUUGAAACAUUUACAAGUUGAUACAGUACCUUGGAAUAUCAGAGAAAGAAUUGAUGACACACUUAAAGUAUGGAAGGACAAUAAUGAUAAAAUGUUUAUAAACACAAGAGCUGCUCAAACGGUACUAAAAUCUAUAAAGGAAAAUAGUUGCGUUACCAUUAUUGCAAGUUCUGGUGUAGGCAAAACGUGCAUUCUCCGACAAACAGCUUUAAAGAUGGCAGAGGAAAAUUAUGAUGUUCUUCUUGUGACAGAUCCAAGUGACAUUGUAAAGUUUUACAAUCCACACAAGAAAUCAUUGUUUGUUGUUGAUGAUUUAUGUGGAAACUUUUCUGUUAACCAGAGUGAUAUUAAAAGGUGGGAACCCGUAAUGGAGAAUAUAAAACAAAUUCUUGAAAAACAACAAGCAAAAAUAAUUGCAGCAUGUCGAUUGCAAGUAUACCAGGAUGAAAAGUUUGAAUCUUUAUCAGUCUUUAAAUCAUGUGCAUGUAACUUGUUAUCAGAGAAUGUGUGUUUGUCAGAAACUGAAAAACAGUCAAUAGCAGAGAUAUAUUUGAAAACAAAAGCCUCUGAGAUUACGGACUAUUACAGUUUAUAUGAUUGUUUCCCUCUCUUAUGUAAAUUAUACCACGAUAAUCCUAUACUUAAUGUUAAGAAUUUCUUUCAGAAUCCAUUUUCAGUUUAUGAAGCUGAAAUUGAUCAGCUACUCAAGAAAGGACAUCACACUAAAUUCUGUGCUUUGGCUCUAUGUGUAAUCUUUAAUAACAAGUUAAAAGAAGAAAUGUUGACGGAAGAGGUUGAUGAAGAAACUAUGACAAUCAUUGAGAACACAUGUGAGGCAUGUAGAUUAGACAGGGGAACAUCAAGACUCGUUUUACAGGAUGAACUUGACUCACUUGAAGAUACAUUCAUAAAGAAAGAAAACAGCAUAUACAAGAUUAUACAUGAUAAGAUAUUCGACUUUCUAACUUUCUUCUAUGGGCAAAAAAUAAUCACAUGCUUGAUAAGGAAUGCAGAUAGCUGUUUGAUUAAAGAAAGAUUUUCACUAGAAAAAAGUGACUGUCUUGAUCAGUUUAUUUCUGUCAUACCACAAAAGUAUCUUCAAAUGUACAAAGAGAGAUUGAUUAAUGAUUGGUCAAAGGGAAAAGUUCAAGAUGUAUUUAGUAACCUUAAUAUGAAGAAACCUCUUUUCAGAGAGCAAUUGCUUCUUCAUUUGAAAACACUUGAUAUAUCUUACCAGAGACAGCUCGCUCACAUCUGUAAUAAACCUAAUCAAGAAGACAACGAUGAUGAUAAUGAAUAUGAUUAUGAUUGUAUGUAUUGUUUUGAUGAUGAUGACUGGGGUCACGAUGAAGAUUACGAUGGUCAUAGUGAUAAUGUUGAUGAUGAUGAUGAUGAUGACGAUGAAGAUGAUGAUGAUAAUGAUGAUGUUGAUAAUGUUGAAGAUGAUAUUAUAUCAAACUGUUGUUUUAUCGGUGAUAUUUCUUUGGUUUUGUGGUGUUGUGAUCAUGGCGUAGAUAUUAACAAGGGUACUUGUUAUAAUGGAGAGUCACCUUUGAUGAAGGCCUGUAAAGGUGGCCAUACAGCAAUAGUUAAAAUGUUGUUAGACAGAGGAGCAAAUUUUGAUAAAUGUGAUACUUUUGACCAGACACCUUUGAUGAAGGCUUGUGAACAUGGUCAUACAGUAAUAGCAAAGAUGUUGGUAAACAGAGGAGCCGACUAUGAUAAAUGUAAUAAUACUGGUCAAUUCCAUGUAAUGAAGGCUUGUCAACAUGGUCAUCUCGAAAUAGUAAAGAUGUUGAUAGACAAUGGAGCAGACUGUAAUAAAUGCAACAGUGUAGGUCAGUCACCUGUUAUGAAGGCUUGUCAACAUGGUCAUUUCGAAAUAGUAAAGAUGUUGGUAAACAGAGGAGCCGAUUAUGAUAAAUGUGAUAAAAAUGGUCAGUCCCCUGUAAUGAAGGCUUGUAAAUAUGGUCAUCUAGGAAUAGUAAAGUUGUUGAUAGACAAUGGAACAGACUUUAAUAAAUGUAACAAUCUAGGUCAGUCACCAGUUAUGAUGGCUUGUGAACAUGGUCAUACAGAAAUAGCAAAGAUAUUGAUAUCCAGAGGAGCAGACUUUAACAAAUGUAAUAAUGGGGGGCAAUCACCUCUUAUGAAGGCUUGUCAACAUGGUCAUCUAGAAAUAGUAAAGAUGUUGAUAUCCAGAGGAGCAGACUAUAAUAAAUGUGAUAGUGAUGGUCAGUUCCCUUUAAUGAAAGCUUGUGAAAAUGGUCAUAUAGAAAUAGUCAAAUUGCUGUUAGAGAGAGGGGCAUACUUUAAUGUAUGUGAUAAUGACGGGGAAUCUACGGUUCUGAAGGCUUGUAAAAAUGGCCAUAAAGAAGUAGUCAUGAUGUUGAUCGACAGAGGAGCAGACUAUCGUAAAUGUGAUAAUUGGGGAGAGUCACCUGUAAUGAAAGCUUGUGAACAAGGUCAUAUAGGAAUAGUUAAGAUAUUGAUAGACAGAGAAGCAGAUUUUAAUAAAUGUGAUUGUUUUGGACAAACACCUUUGAUAACGGCUUGUGAAAAUGGUCAUGUAGAAAUAGUCAAAUUGUUAUUAGAUAAAGGGACAGACUUUAAUUUGUGUGACUAUAACUGUAGGUCUACUUUUAUGAAGACUUGUAAAAGAGAAGUAGUUAUGGCGUUUGUCAGGGGAGCAGACGACCAUAUUUGUGGGAAUUGGGGAGAGUCACCUGUAAUGAAGGCGUGUGCACAAGGUCAUACUAAAAUAGUAGAGAUGUUGUUAGAAAAAGGAGCAGACUAUAAUAAAUAUGACGGAUGUGGAGAGACACCUUUGAUGAAGGCUUGUAAAAAUGGUCAUACAGACAUAUUAAAGAUAUUGUUAAACAGAGGAGCAGACUAUAUCAACUGUGAUGGAUAUGGAGAGACACCUGUGAUGAAGGCUUCUGAGUAUGGUCAUUCAGACACAUUAAACAUAUUGUUAGAUAAAGGAGCAGGCUAUAACACAUGUGACGGAAUGACAGAGACACUUAUAAUGAAGGCUUGUGAAAAUGGUCAUACUAACACAUUAAAGAUAUUGUUAGACAGAGGAGAAGACUGUAACAAAUGUAACGGUAUAGGGAGGACCCCUGCAAUGUUGGCUUGUCAACGUGGUCAUAAAGAAAUAGUAAAGAUUUUGUUAGAAAGAGGAGCAGACUUUAAUAAACGUGACAUUGACGGAUAUGGAGCUGCAAGCAUUGCUAAUGAUCAGGGUUAUCCAGAAAUCGUUGAUUUGAUUUAUGAAAAGUAG